UGGAAGGAGCAGCAUUGGUUCCAGCGGUCAGUGUCCUCUCCUCGUGGCCGACCGGCAGGAUGACGGUGCCCAGGUGGGAGCGCGUAGCCCGGUUGCUCCUCUGCGCGGCGGGGCUGGCGCUCUCUAUUUAUGCCUGGCACGUGGAGACUUCCAAGGAGCGCGACGCCGCCUACCGGGCUAUGUGUGACAUAAGCCCCGACAUCAGCUGCUCCAAGGUCUUCACCUCCAGGUGGGGUCGUGGUUUUGGCUUGGUGGCAGGCAUUCUGGGACCUCACAGCCUCUUCAAUCAGCCAAACAGCGUUUUUGGGAUUAUUUUCUACAUUCUGCAGAUACUUCUGGGUCUCUUUCACCACAACCUGGCAGCCAUCGCUCUAGUGGCCUCUUCGUUUGUCUCCAUUGCUGGAUCUCUCUACUUGGCCUACAUCCUUUUUUAUGUGCUCCACGACUUCUGUGUGAUUUGCAUCAGUACCUACAUCCUCAACUUUGCCCUCCUGUUUAUAAACUACAAGCGCCUGGGCUACCUCAGCCGUCCACCCCCACCAAAGCCAAAAGCCAAGAGACGCUGAACACCCUGUCCUUUUGGGCCUGGACAAUCCCUGGACCUUGUUUUUGAAGAUGACCAAGUAGACAGUGUAGACACCACCUUCAUCUUAUUUGCCCAGGAGAUCAUGCCCUCAGCAUGUCUCCCUUCAUCUUUCAGCCUCCAAACAUCUCAGCUACCUGAUUUCUAUUACCUGGAACUAAAAUGGAAGUGGCCUUUUUCGGUGGAAACCAAAAUUAAGCUGCUUUGAUUUUAACAACUUUUUAAAUGGCAUUUUUUCCUUAGCGCUCUUUUAAAUCGAUUUAAAUAUAUAUAUACUCGUUUUGUACAAUUACAGAUUAUUCUUGAUAACUUUAGACGUAUAGAAAGUGGCAAAUGGAGGAGCUUUAUGAGUGGAUUAAGGUGUAGGGCAGAGGUCCCCAAACUUGGCAACUUUAAGACUUGCAUUGCUGGCUGGAGAAUUCUGGGAGUUGAAGUCCACAAGUCUUACAGUUGCCAAGUUUGGGCACCUCUAGUAUAGGGGAAGGUUUAACACAGGGAUAGAUAGCAUCAACAUCAUAAUAUGGACAACCAGGUCAUUGAUACCUGGCCUUUUUUCAUAUGCAUGGCACAUAUCACAUGCAUGUAAAAAGAAACAGGGUCUUAUCAUUCAGUUAUAUCUGCCAUUUUCCUGUCAUUGGUAUCCAUCUUUCACAGAUGCCAUGCUUAAUAUAGACUUUUAAAGAUUUUGGACUAUGAUAUUAAAAGCGACUCACCAUUGAACAGGGCCUGCUUAAAUCAACACCAUUUCACACGGUUCCACCACAAAACCGUGCUCGACUAAACCGCGUUGCUGACGUCAUGAACAGGGCGACAACAGCGCAGAGA